AUGAAGAAAAUGCGUCAUUGUAAAUUAACUUCCUGUGGAUAUUCUCAGAGAAAAAUUAUGAAAACACCUGCAGGCGCUGAGGAGCUUCAUCGGGGGAACUUGGGGGCCAAGGGGCCGGGGCGCUCCCGUCGGGGUGCGCUGCCCAAAACCCCCUUUGCUGCUUGGAGUUCAGGACAGUACCUCGGCUGUCACAGAAAGUUCAGUAGAGUUCAGUAUAGCACCCGGACCGCCACAGAAAGUUCAGUACAGCACUCGGACCGCCACAGAAAGUUCAGUACAGCACCCGGACCGCCACAGAAAGUUCAGUACAGCACCCGGACCGCCACAGAAAGUUCAAAUAGCACCAUCCGUCGUAAAGAAAUUGAAGAUCCGAUGAUUCUAGAAUUUAGAUUUAUGUUUUUGCCGCAGCCUCCGGGCGCCGGCAAGACGUACCUGGUGAAGCAGAUGAGCAACGUGUGCGAGAUGCCUCUGUACGGCGUGCACACCCACCAGGUGCGGGGGGCGGCGCAGACGAGGAAGCUGUUCGAGCAGGCGAGGGACAACUACCCGUCGCUGGUGUUCAUGGACGACGUGGACGCCAUCUUCGCCAACCACGACGAGGAGCCGCCCUGCACGACCUACGUGCAGGCCAUCCGCGACGAGCUGUUCGCGCAGCUGGGGCCUCGCAAGCUCAAGAUCAUGGACCCGAAGUCGUCCAAGAACCCGACGGGCAGCGCGCUCCCCUCGCCCUCCUGCUCGUCGUCGGGCCGCGGGGUCAACGGCGUCGGCGGCGGGAGCAGCAGGGCCUCCAGCAGGGCGUCGACCAUGUCCCGGCCGCGCCCCUCGGCUCCUCCCGACGACGAGGAGGACGUGUACCCCGAGGACGAGGACUCGCCUUACCCCGACAACAACGGCAUCAUCGUCGUCGCGGCCACGAGCGCCCCCUGGCUGCUCUACAAGGACCAUGAACUGCUCAGCCGAUUUCGCGGAGUGUACCUCGUGGGUCUCCCGGACAAGCAGGCAAGAUACAACCUCCUCACGACGCUGUUCCAAGACGUCCACCACAGUCUCAGCGACAAGGAUAUCAUGACGGUCGCAGAAAAGACGGAAGGGUUCACCCCGGCUGACCUCAUGGUGGUGGUCAAGACCCUCACGUACCGCCAGUUCUCGUACCUCCUGUCCAUGACCUCCCCCCACGUCGGGUCCGUCGACGGGAGCUCCAGCGAACUCGGCUCCUCGGGCUCGAGAACUCCGCUGUCGUCGAUGUCGGAGUCCGGCUCCGAGUCGGACCUCGACGGCCUUCCGGAGUCGGAGAGCCACAUGAAGCGCGGCGUGGUGUCGGUCGCCGCCGUGGCCGCAGCCGUCGCAGCCGCCAGCGGAGCCGUGCCCAAGAAGGACCUGAAGCCAGCGACGGCGCCCAACAAGAAGGUGCCGGCGACGCCUCCCCCCUGCGUCACGUCCCUCUGCAAGGACUGGGACUCCGACGAGGACGAGCACACGGAGGGACCCCACGACUCGCCCGAGAGUCAGCGGGACGAGAAGAAAAUAGCCUCCGACGAUCCCCAGGCGCCGACGAGAGUCCUGGAGGAGUCGCUGCUGGUGCGGAAGGGGAGCAGCUCGGCGUCCCCGGGCAGCAAGCAGGGCGACGAGGGCUCCGUGCCGUCCCCGGACUCUGCGAUCGGCAUGUCCAAGAGCAGCGAGGAGGUGGCCGCCCCGUCGAGGCUUGUGGAGCAGGACGACGCGCCCCCCCGACGGACGCCCUCCGAGAGCAGUAGUAGUGGAGUGACCUCUUCAGGCUGUGAUAGUAGUGAUAGCAGUGCAAUAGUUGACGAGGGAGUCGGGGAAGCCGGCGACCACGCCCCUCCUGCCAAAAGUGACAGUGAACCGAAAGUGGAGGAGGACGCGGGCGCCCUCGGAGGCUCAAGGGAGGGUCGGGAAGGCGGGGAGGAAACGGCUGAGAAGGACAGCUUAGUGGAAGAAGGGGACGCGGAACCCAGUAGUGAAGGUGCUCACUGUGAUAAUGAGAAGGAAGACGAUAUUAACACGGCAGAAAACUCUGGAAACUGUGACAAUGACGAGGGGCGGGUCGGAACCCCCGCCGAGUUCGAAUUGCAUUACAGUGAACCUCCGGAGCCCAUGCGGGACGACAACUGUGCCAUUGACAGUGACAGUGACAAUGACGUGGUGGAGACCCCUCGCUCAAGGGGCGGUCGCCGCGUGGCGUUUUCGGGCAUGUCUCCCAUGGAGCCUCUGUCCGUGGACGUCGGCGACAACUGCGGGCCCCCCAACAUUUCCUUAGACGACAUUCCACCCAACAUCUCGCUGGCGCCGUCCAACCUGCCGGAGCCCAUGCUGGCGGACGACCGUCGCCAGGAGUCGGCGCCGAACGCCAUCCUGCUGAGCCUGCUGUCCCGCCCCGCCGGCUCCGCCCGCAGCGAGCGCCGCGACCGCCACCUGGACGAACCCUCGGAGCUGGCCUCCCUUCUGCAUCCAGACCACGACCUCGACGUCAACAAGACCUCGACGCCCAUCGAGCCGAUGGGGCCCCUCACGCCCACACCCAACCUGUCUCCAACCCCGACCCCGACGCCCAGCGAAGGCUCCAGUCACAAUGGCACCGUUGGAAGCUCGGGGAGUGGCACUCACGCCUCGGGCAGAUCCACAAGCAGUGAGGUACGCAAGAAAGAUGAUAGCGACUCAUCCUUCGACCACAGUGACACCCACACCGUCCCCUCUUCAGAUAUCUCCACUGCCACGUGUAAUGAAACAGGAGAGACCAUGGAAUGCAGAACAGAUUCUGAAGAAAGGUUACAAGGGCUUGAGGACGGACACAACCGAGCAGACAGCGACCGUGGCAGCGAUUACGACACCCCCACAGAGGCCAAGGCUGUGGGGGGAGGAGGAGGUGGAGGUCUCAACUCUCUCCUGAGCGAUUUCGGGGAAAUUAGCAUUCAGUUGAUCAGCCUGGCCGACGUCCUCGAGGUGGUCGCCAAGGGCUACAGGAGUGUCUCAGACGAAGAGAUCAAACGCUACACAGACUUCAUGGUUUGGUUCUCGAAUGUUGCCAAGUCCGCGUGUCCUCAUUCUAAAGACGGUUCCCACAAAGCCAACGCCCCUCCCCUUGAUGACAUCAGCGUGGACUCGACCAUAUACGACACCCCGAGCAUUGCCAAGAAGCGGAAAGGCCCCCUUCGCAAGCUGGGCCGGUUCCUCCUCAAGGCUCUGAUGUUCAUCCUUGACUGAGAGGGGAGACUCAUGCAAAGUGAUGGUAUUUUUCUGCGCUCAGGAUUCGUAUAAGACUUUUUUUUUUUUUUUUUUUUUUAAGUAUACAUAUCCUAGUCUGUUUGUUAGACUUUUUUUUUUAUUGGGAUUUCAUUUUAUUGAGGAAUUAAUUAUUAUUAUUUUUUUUUUUUAUAUGGUGAGAAAGUAAUUUGACUAGCAUUAACGAUCGCUUUCCUCAAAAAGUGCAUUUACACUAAUCUGGUCAAUUGGAAGGUAUGUUGCAAAUGAAGGAGCUACAUGUUUGAUGCUCAGACAAAAUCAACAAAAUCAUAUUAUUAUUUUUCUUUUUUUUUAUUUAUAUUUAUUCUAUUUUUUUUCCUAUGGUGGAGGCCAUAGUUGCAGUCAGGCAUGAAGAAGCCUUGAAAUAAAUUCCUUCUAUAAGAGGAGAGGGGGAAUAAGGUCUUCAGUCUUCAUGUGUACUGUAUAUGUGUGUGUAUGUGUAUAUAUAUAUAUAUAUAUAUAUAUAUAUAUAUAUAUAUAUAUAUAUAUAUAUAUAUAUAUAUAUAUAUAUAUAUAUAUAUAUACACACAAGAUUUUGUCACAAAAUGCAGAGGAGUUGGAUGAUGGUUAUAUAUCUUAUGAAGUGCCUCCAGGACGUAGAUGGAGGCAGUGUGAGACAAUCAAAUAUUGCAAUUUUGACGUCGUAAGGAGAAGGGAUAGUUACUUUCUCUUCAGUUUUAUCAUAUGAGUAGGAGAAGCCCAGUAGUAUAAUGGUCGACUGCUCUACAUGCUGAAUACAGAAAACGACAUGGCUCGGGUUCCUCACGUCUUUCCCAGCGAGUGAGAAAACUAGGUAGUGGAUGUCAGUUCAUGAUACACGUAGCUGCAUCACGGAUUUUGAAAACACGCUCACAAUACAGCGGCAUUUUUUUUUCUUUUUUUUUUUAUUUCCCUUACAGUAAGUGGUUUGGGUAGUCGAGCCAAUAUAGUGUAUAUAAUUGAUAGGUCAUGUGAAUAGCCUAAGUUACGAGAUGAAGUUGAUUAGGUAAAUAUAUUUAAAAUAUAUAAAAAAGCAAACAUUGGGAUCUUGCUUGCUUCUGCUUGUUGAUAGCAGUCAACCAGGGUUAUUUUUCCCCUUCAUUGUGACAGUCUGCUUUUACAUAUAUUUUUCUAUUGUAAUUUUGUACUGCAGAUUAAAAAGAUUAUUCCAAAUGACAGGCAAUACUGCAUAUUUCAAGCAUUCAGAAACCCAGACAUUCCCAGUGGAAUCAAUAUUAUUAUAUAAUAUAAAUCACUUUUAUAUAUAUAGAUCACUUUACAGUUUUGUUGUAAUUUAGUGGACUAGUAAGGCAGUUAGAAAUUGAGCAUUCAUUGUUAUUCAGGUUUGGCUAAUGCAACAAGGCGAUGAGAUACAUGUUUUACUAUUAUAACAAUUAUGGUAUUUUUAUACGGAACGACUUGUCCAUCAUCACAUUGGUCUUUAGUUAUUAUGUCAGUUGUAGGUGUGUAUUAGGAAGAUUUAUUUGGUAAAUAAUUUUUUUUAUAGCAAAGUGACGGCGUAGUAAAUGUUUUAGGAAAAGAGGGAAUAUUUCUGUGUAUGUUAUAUAUCAUAUUUUUAUAAUUUUAUAUAAAAGUGAAUUUGAUAUUUCCAUCAUGCAAUUACUGGCUUUAAAAUUAUGUGUGGGAUUUUACCAUAAAGUCCUAUUUUCAUCGUAGUAAAGAUACUUAACAAAAUUACUAAAUAUCUAUGUUCUAUGGUUUGUUAAAAAAUAGAAUAAAAACAAUUUGUCACAAAGGAGGGUUGCACAUUGUUGAUUUAUUUCCCAUUUUGAGGUCACUAAAUCCAAGAAAAAAAUGGAUAAAAAGAGUAACAAAUUUUUUUUCUAAAAGUUCUGCUAGUGUCACAAAUACGAAAGAGAAAUUGGAGGUUCAUGAAUGUCUACCAAAUGAUAUUUCACUGGGUGAACGUACCUUUUCAGAUCUUUUUAAUAAGAACUAGCUCAAUUUUAAUACCUUUUUUUUUUUUUUUUUUUUUUUACAUAAAAUCAUAGAAUGCUUCUUGCAUUUUUUUUUUCUUUUUUCUUUUUUUUUUCUUACCCUUUCUUCCCUCCCUUUUUCUACACAAAGGGUUUUCAUAGAAAGCGUUCUUGUGCUGCAUUAAAAAAGUCGCUGGAGACGUUUGAUUAUAGCUGAACAAGUCUACUGGAAUAUUUUUCAUAAUGGUUUCCUUUCAUAAGAAUGGAAUUGUUUAGUUUAUUAGAAAUGGUAAAAUAUACAGAUGCAUUAUGAAA